AUGGCUGGCGCAGGGUUCGAGAUCAAGUUGGACGAUCCAGAGGCUGACCUGACACAGGAUCAGUACGAGAAAGUCGUUGACAACUUCAAGUUGCUUGAUCAAAGCAAGACUGGCAGGCUGAACCCACAGCAGGUUGGGAUCCUCUUCCGGGCAUUUGGGCAGAAUCCAACCGAUGAGGAGCUGGCGGAAAUGCUGAGACCAGUCCCGCAGGUGGGCUUGGAUGUCGAGGGCUUCAUCCGCUUCUUCAAAGGCAACUAUAGGACGCCAACCACCGAGGAUACGCUGUUGAAAGCCUUCCAGGUCUUUGAUCUGGAGGACACUGGCAUCAUGAGCCGCGAGAAGUUCAAGGAGAUGCUGACCUCGCUCGGAGAUCCCAUGCAAGAGCAUGAGGUUGAUGCUAUCCUGAGAGAGGCGGAGGUUGACGAGAAAGGGCUUUUCGACUACAAAGCCCUGGCAAAGCGGCUGUGUGAAGGGCCAAAGCGCAUACCAGAUAUGCCUUAA